AGCGGGCGGCGCGUAGGGCGGCGAGCGGGCGCCGGCCGACGAGCCGCGGGCUUCACCCCCGGCCACUCCGCAGCUCGAGCCGCCGCCCCGGGGCGCUCCCGAGGCCCCGCAGGAGGGACCAUGAAAGGGUCAGAACUGCACAGCGUUUGGGGAAUGAGGUCUCGGUGUCGCUCAGGCUGCUUCCAGGUCAUUGCCAGAGCCCCUGAGCGCCCCCUGCUCAGUCAGCACCAGCCCGCUUCACUUCUACCCGCUCACCUUGUUGCCGAAGCGAGGUUUCUUGGCACCUGUGGGACCUUUGCUCAUUUCUCCAAGGAGGCAGUAGUGAGGUCGGCCACUGGCGAUGGAGAUGCGUUAUGUGUUACAGAAGAGGAGCUGGCUGGUGACGACGAGGACAUGCCGACCUUCCCAUGCACACAAGAGGGCCGGCCGGGGCCCCGCUGCAGCCGCUGCCAGAAGAACCUGUCUUUGCACACAUCGGUGCGGAUUCUUUACCUCUUCCUGGCCCUGCUCCUGGUGGCCGUGGCCGUGCUGGCCUCUCUGGUUUUCAGGAAAGUGGACUCUCUCUCAGAAGACAUCUCCCUGGCCCAGGCCAUUUAUGAUAAGAAGCUUAUGUCUAUGCAGGAAAAUCUCCAGGGACUGGAUCUGAAAACCCCAAACAACUGUUCUUUCUGCCAUGAGGCUGGGCAGCUGGAGCAAGAGAUCAGAAAACUGCAGGAGGAGCUGGAGGGAAUUCAGAAGAUGCUUCUGGCCCAGGAAGUGCAGCUGGACCAGACCUCUCAGACCCAUGAGUUGCUCUCCACCACCAGCAGUCAGAUCUCCCAGGAGAUGGGCAGUUGUUCCUUCUCUAUCCACCAGGUCAACCAGUCUCUGGGGCUCUUUCUCGCCCAGGUGAGAGGCUGGCAGGCCACCACGGCUGGCCUGGACCUCUCUCUGAAGGACCUCACCCAGGACUGCUAUGACGUCAAGGCCACAGUCCACCAGAUCAACUUCACUGUGGGGCAGACUUCGGAGUGGAUCCAUGGGAUCCGGCGGAAGACUGACGAGGAGACCCUGACCCUCCAGAAGAUUGUCACUGACUGGCAAAACUACACCCGGCUCUUCAGCAGCCUGCGCACCACCUCAGCCAAGACCGGAGAAGCAGUCAAGAACAUCCAGGCCACCCUGGGGGUGUCCUCGCAGCGCAUCAGUCAGAAUGCCGAGAGCAUGCACGACUUGGUGCUGCAGGUCAUGGGCCUGCAGCUGCAGCUGGAUAACAUCUCAUCCUUCCUGGACGACCAUGAGGAGAACAUGCACGAUCUGCAGUACCACACCCGCUAUGCCCAGAACCGCACGGUGGAGAGGUUCGAGACGCUAGAAGGACGCAUGGCUUCGCACGAGAUCGAGAUCAGCACCAUCUUCACCAACAUCAAUGCCACCGACAACCAUGUGCACAGCAUGCUCAAGUACCUGGACGACGUGCGGCUCUCCUGCACGCUGGGCUUCCACACCCAUGCCGAGGAGCUCUACUACCUGAACAAGUCCGUCUCCCUCAUGCUGGGCACCACGGACCUGCUCCGGGAGCGCUUCAGCCUGCUCAGUGCGCGGCUGGACUUCAACGUCCGCAACCUCUCCAUGAUCGUAGAGGAGAUGAAGGCUGUGGACACACAGCAUGGAGAAAUCCUUCGCAACGUCACCAUCCUGAGAGGAAACAAAGAGAGUGGCCCAGUCUUGACAUUCCGUCGGGAAGUCACCUGGAAUGUGCUGGAUUCCUCUAUCCUGCAACUCUAACCAAGUCUUCUUCCUCCCGCCCUGCUUGAUUGCUUUCCUGGAACUUGCCAGGGCUAAGGCAUGAAAGUCUGAACCCAGACGGAGAGGUGAUAGCCUGUGAGAUUUCAGUCACCCGAUUAGAAUCAUGGCCUUUGUCAUCAGGUUGUUUUAAUCCCCACCAGAUUUGCAAAGCCUUGAAGGAACUCCUGGGCUUCCUUCUAAGGAGAGCAAAGGGGCUUCCUGGAGGCCACAGGACUGGGAUAUGUCUAAACCCCCCGCCCCAGGCUUGCCCAGCAUUUCCCAGCGAGGGCCGCCUCACUCCCCUCCAGCUGGGAUAGGACAUGGCCCUGAGCAGAGCCUCCAGACCUUCCUGCGGCCCCUCUUCGCUGGUCAGGGCUGAGCUGGCAACGUGUGUUAUGCCAGCCUGGGACACACCUGUCAAAACAGAGCCAUAGGAGAGGCGAGCAGGGAGCUGACAAACACGGCCUGACCACGCCGUGCUUCCCAGCAGGGCCGGGCUGGGCUGGGGAGGGCCAAGCCAGACACACAGGCAGGCUGCUCAGUGUGCAGCCUCCCAGGGGAUGGCCUGACCUGCAGAAACACAGGUUGCUUGUUGUCCUUGCCAUCACCUGUCCAGUCCCUCUGUUUUCUUUUGAACGCUUCAAAGUGCAAGGCUCUGUGUUUGAUGUGGUAGGAGACGCACAAAGAUUAGGGCAGUGCUCUUAGUGGGGACAACCACCCAGGAGGCCAGAGAAAUGCAGACAGUUGGCUUCCACCCCCACCAGAAUCGCAGACGGGGUGGCAUAGGAGGAGGGACGGGGAGAAAUCCCCAGGGAAUUCUCCUGCACCAAAUAAAAUUUGAGAACCACAGAUUUAAGAGAUAUAGAAAGUGAACUAUGUUGUGUUUUUUUUUUUUAAUUUGUGUAUAGCAUCUCAUCCAAUUCUCACAAACUAAAAGUAUUUUCAUCUCAUAGGUCAGAAAACAAGGCGCAGAAAAGUCAAAUAAUUCACUUAAGGCCUUGUAGACGUUGUGUGGAUUUGAACCCCAGCAUUUACCGAAGCCAGCUAUAGUGAAAUACUUCUUACAGAAUGGUAGGAUUGGGAUUUUAGUCGGGCCUGUGCUUUGCAGCUGAGAAAGCUGAGAUCUGCGGAAACAGACUUGUUCAAGGACCCAGAGCAAGCUGGUGACAAAGCUGGAAGAAGGCCCCAGAUCUCAAGGCUGCCAGGCCUCUCUGGCCCAGCUGCCUUGUCACUAAACGCGUCUGGGGAUUAGAAAGAGCAGUGCAAGAGUUAGAGACAGGACCAUGCUUUCUGCUGUGAAAGCUGGAGGCUUUGCAAAGGAAGCCAGGUGUCCACCUUCCACUA